GAGCAGCACUUGAACGCAGCAUCAGGCUCCAGCUUGCUCACACACGGACACACAAGCAACCAGCACCGUCUGUUUGGCCAAACAAAGUGUGCUGCUGCUGUGUGAACGGUAUUACACACACGCCAAACAAACGGACAUGGAGGUGAUGUUUCGGGGACAGGACCGCGGUAAGAGAGCCGACCGGAGGAUGUAACGGCAGCUCCAGGGCCGUUGGGACUGCACGAGGAAGACAGAAUACAAAAGGAACCGCCGAGAAGAGGAGGCGAUGGUGGGAAGAGCUGCAGCGGGUUUCACAUAGACCCGAGCUUCAGUUUUCUGAAAUCAUCAUUAACUUCUCCAGCAUGUCGGAUCCAAGUCACUGGUCUGCGGUGCCAAACCAGAACAAGUCCCAAUUUGUUCCGGGAGCUUUGCUGAAGCGCUCAAAAAGCUGUCGCAGCAGCAACAGGAAGAGCCUCGGUGUCGGGACGCCAUCACCCACGCUGUCCCGGCCGCUCUCCCCGCUCUCACUCCACACUGCUGCGAGCAGCCCUCUAGACAGCCCUCGAAAUGUGUCGACCAGUACCUGCCUCAACUUUCCAUUUGCCCGAAGUCACUUGGCUCGUGCCGACAGAGCUGAGGGCCGGAGAUGGUCCCUGGCAUCCCUCCCCUCGUCUGGCUAUGGAACCAACCCGCCGAGCUCCACUGUCUCGUCCUCCUCAUCCUCCCAGGAGCGUCUUCACCAGCUUCCCUACCAGCCGACUCAAGAUGAGCUGCACUUCCUCUUCAAACACUUCCGCAGCACAGACAGCAUGACCGACGAGGAUGGGCGGCCGUCAACGGUCAUACGACCACGUUCUCGGAGCCUCAGCCCCGGGCGAUCCAGUGUCUCCUUUGAUAAUGAGAUUGUCAUGAUGAACCAUGUUUACAGGGAACGUUUUCCAAAGGCCACAGCCCAGAUGGAGGAGCGCUUGUUUGAGAUUAUCACCCACUGCUCUCCAGACAGCUCCCUCCCGUUGGCUGACGGGGUGCUGGGCUUCAUCCAGCACCAGUUGGUCGAGCUGGUUAGAGACUGUCUGGACAAGUCCCAGACAGGCCUGGUUACCUCCCGCUACUUUGCUGAGCUGCAGGAGAAGCUAGAGAAGCUGCUUCACGAGGCCUACGAGCGUUCUGAAAGCGAGGAGGUAUCCGUCAUCAUCCAGCUGGUGAGGAAGAUCCUCAUCAUAAUCUCUCGGCCUGCUCGCCUCCUAGAGUGUCUGGAGUUUGACCCGGAAGAGUUUUAUCACUUACUUGAGGCAGCAGAGGGUCACGCCAAAGUUGGGCAAGGAAUCAAGACGGACAUCCCGCGCUACAUCAUCAGCCAGCUGGGUCUGACACGGAACCCAUUAGAAGACAUGGUACAGCUUGAACAGUAUGAGGCCAAUCCUUCAGUGUCAGUGGAACCAGAUGGUAAUGUGGAGAGUAAAGCCCCACAGAUGCUGACACCGACUCGAAGAAAACCUUUUGAGAGUGAUUUUGAUACCAUCAAACUCAUCAGUAAUGGAGCUUAUGGGGCCGUGUAUCUGGUCCGUCACAAGGAGACCCGCCAACGGUUUGCCAUGAAAAAGAUAAAUCGUCAGAACCUGGUCCUGAGGAACCAGAUCCAGCAGGCUUUUGUGGAGCGAGACAUCCUGACUUUUGCCGAGAACCCCUUUGUUGUCUCCAUGUUCUGCUCUUUUGAGACACGACGUCACCUCUGCAUGGUCAUGGAGUAUGUGGAAGGUGGAGAUUGUGCGAAUUUGCUCAAGAACAUGGGCCCACUACCUGUAGAAAUGACAAGGUUGUACUUUGCUGAAACAGUCCUGGCCCUGGAGUACCUUCACAACUAUGGUAUUGUGCAUCGGGAUCUCAAACCUGACAAUUUGUUGAUUACAUCCAUGGGCCACAUCAAGCUGACAGACUUUGGCCUGUCUAAAAUUGGCCUGAUGAACAUGACCACCAACCUGUACGAGGGUCAUAUGGAGAAAGACACAAGAGAGUUUGUAGACAAACAGGUGUGUGGCACUCCGGAGUACAUUGCCCCGGAGGUGAUCCUCAGGCAGGGCUAUGGGAAGCCAGUGGACUGGUGGGCGAUGGGGGUCAUCCUAUAUGAAUUCCUGGUCGGCUGCGUUCCGUUCUUUGGCGACACACCUGAAGAGCUUUUUGGACAAGUUGUCAGUGAUGAAAUCAUUUGGCCAGAAGGAGACGAUUCCUUACCUAUUGAUGCCCAGGAUCUGAUCACCCGCUUGCUCAGACAGAGUCCUUUAGACCGACUAGGAACUGGCGGAGCCCCCGAGGUCAAACACCACCCCUUCUUCCUGGGUUUGGACUGGAAUGGACUCCUGAGGCAGAAAGCUGAAUUCAUCCCUCAGCUGGAGGCGGAGGACGACACCAGCUACUUCGACACUCGCUCAGAACGUUACCAUCAUUUGGCGUCUGACGAGGAUGAGGAAACCAAUGAUGAAGAGUCUUCUUUGGAAAUCAGACAGUUUUCUUCCUGGUCGCAUCGCUUUAGCAAGGUGUACAGCAGCACAGAACAUCUGGCAACGCCAUCCAACCUCAGCUUCUCCUCUGACCGCAGCCACAGCGAGGACAAGGAGGACCGCGGGGACAUAGGAGGACUCAGUUCCUCCCCGAGCCCAGCAGAGGGCAGACAUGCCAGACGCAUGGCCAGCCUUCGCCCUCGGGCCUCCUCCAGCUCCUCCCAGUCUGAGAGGAGCACCAGUCCUCUGGUGAUGAGCAGCACCCACAGCCUGGAGACGAUGCCCCGCUUUGCCCUCUCCACUGACGAUGAAGCGGAGGUGGUUGUGUCAAACCUUCAGAGGAUCAGGAUUCGCAGCAAUAGCACCGGGGCCAAACACUCGUCCCCCAACGAUCUGGUCGGCCCUCGACGCUUUGGUAACCAGCUGGAGACGCCGGACAGACAGAGGCUUCCCUGUGGAGGAAAGGUUCCCAAGUCGGCCUCUGUCUCAGCCCUGUCUCUCAUCAUCACUACAGACGACUCGCCUGGCGGCCUCCAGCCCAGUCCCAUCUCCCCACGCUCUUUGUCCUCCAACCCUUCGUCCCGUGACUCCUCUCCCAACCGGGACCUUUCGCUCAGCCCCGGCAGCCUGAAGCCUCCCAUUGUCAUCCACACCUCGGGGAAGAAGUUUGGCUUCACCCUGCAGGCCAUCCGGGUCUACAUGGGCGACAGCGAUGUCUACACGGUGCAUCACAUGGUGUCGAGUGUGGAGGAGGGUAGCCCGGCUCACCAGGCAGGUCUCUGCACUGGAGACCUCAUCACCCACGUGAACGGAGAGUCUGUCCAAGGCCUGGUCCACCCAGAGAUGAUAGAACUGCUACUGAAGAGUGGCAGCAAGGUGGCUCUUCAGACCAUAGCACUUGAGAACACGUCAAUCAAAGUGGGUCCAGCUCGUAAGACCAAACACAAAGGCAAGAUGGCUCGUCGCAGCAAGAAGAGCAAGAGGAGAGAUAAUUACGACAGGCGACGAAGCAUCUUGAAGAAGCUGUCCAAGCAGACCACAGUGAUGCACAGCAGUCGCAGCUUCAACUCCGGUCUCCACCACUCAGUUUCCUCCAGCGAGAGUCUCCCAGGCUCCCCGACCCACAGCCUCUCCCCCGGCCCCUCCACACCCUGCCGGAGCCCCGCACCCGACCAUCAAGCCUUUGACAAUAACUCUCCUCAGAGCACAUCUCCUUGCUCCAGCUCUCCCAGUUCCCCCGCUGCACACAUUCGACCCAGCUCUCUCCAUGGCCUGGGCUCCAAACUCAGCACACAGCGCUACACCAAGGUGGGCCGCCGGAAGUCAACCAGCAACAUCCCCCCCUCGCCCCUGGCCUGCAACUCCUCAUCCUCCACCCAGCCUCUUUCUCCACAGCGCUCUCCCUCUCCGAUGUCAGGCUUCGCCAAAACCCUUCACGCCUACCACGGCAAAGCCCUGUCCCCGCCCACCAUCGUUAGACACAUUGUCCGGCCCCGCAGCGCCGAGCCACCUCGGUCUCCUCUCCUGAAGAGGGUACAGUCAGCUGAGAAGCUGUCUGGUGUGUAUCAUGCUGAUAAGAAGUCGUACACCCCCCGCAGGCACACGCUGGAAGUACCGUUUUACUGUGAAGGGGACCUGCUGGGUGACUCGGAGGCAGAGGGUGCCUCUGGAGGCUCCCACUUUGGGGCCGAUCUCAGCAGGCUAGGGGGAUACAUCGGCAGCCAGAGGCUGAGGGAUUCUGGGAUUGAACGCUCGGAGCAGCUGGUCGUGAUGCGAAAGCUCAAUCUAUCAGAGCGGCGAGACUCCUUUAAGAAACAGGAGGCGGUGCAGGAGGUGAGCUUUGACGAGCCGGAGGAGAAAACCAGCACCACAGUUACAGAGACCCCCACAGCUCCAGCAACCCAAACACAUCAGCAGCAUCACAGGACGGCCUGGAUGCUCACUCGACCCCAAACCAGCGUGGAGCCGGAAGUGCCGGUGGUGAGGAGGUUCACACUGGUGCCCCAGAUCGCCGUGCAGGGCUCAACGGAGAGCGAACAGGAUGAGUGGGAACCGUGUUCAGAUGGAGAGGAAACCCACGAGACACCCGAGCUGGAGGUGGGCAUCACUUCAUCUCAGCCACAACAGGCAGGAUGUCCUCUUGGUGACAACAGCUGCAGCCAGGCAGCAGAAACCACCUCCACUGGUCCUCAGGUUGGACCAUCUACAGAGAAGUCUGAGUGCAGAGAGGGAUCACCACAAAAAGGGCAUCUGAGAAAGUAACAACUCACCACUUCACUCAUUUCAACUGCUCAUGUCUUUUCUUUUAAGUCUUUGAAAGUUGUAAACACAUUUAAGAAACUUGUCUGGCUGAGAGAGAGUAGGAGAAGAUUUUACUUGAAUUUUCUAGACGUAAAUAUUUGCCUCAAGGCAUUGCAGACAUUGUGAUCUUAUUUAUUACAUUUGUAAACUAUGAUGAGUUAGUAACGGGGGAAAGAGGGAAGUUUGAAUAGCCAGGGCUCAACAGUUUUGUAUCCAUGAAAUGUGUUUUUUUUUGUCUUUUGACUGGAUUGUUUUUUUGUAUAAAUGUCUAUUUUUUAAAUAAAUUGUCAUAGUACAGAAUAGUUUGAUAAUGCUGGGCAUACUUGUUGUAGGACCAAAAGGUACGAGAAGUUCUUGUAGAAACUGCAGUUGUGAUUCAUUUUUUUUUCUCCUUGUCAGCGUCAGUUUUAGGUCCGAACAUUGAAGCUACCAAGAGUGAAAUACUGAUAUUAUAUUGAUCUCCAUAAACCUAAGAAUGACCUUUGGUUCACACUGUGAACAACAUGGUUGAUGUGUCAUUUUCUGAUCAGUUGUAUCUACAAGAUACAACUACAACAUAAUACUACAAUACUAAUAUAUAUAUUGUAGUAUGCUGAAUCAAAGAUGCAAAAAA